AUGACCCUCAACUGCAGAGGCCUGAACAUCCCGGAACGCCGCUCCCACCUACUGAGGGUGUUACGACGGAAACACAUAUCUAUAGCUAUGCUGCAGGAGACGCACUUUAAGGAGGGAGCAGCCCCCAAACUCCGAAGCACAUACCACCCCAUUAGCUAUCUCAACAACCACCCGGAGACACGCCGAGCAGGG